GUGAAGGAACAACAACACCUUCAAGUGAAGCUACAACGACAACGUCGGAAGGUGAAGGAACAACUCCACCUGUUGGUGAAACUACAACACCGUCGUCGGGAGGCGAAGGAACCACUCCAUCUGUUAGUGAAACUACAACACCGUCGUCGGGAGGUGAUGGAACAACAACACCUUCAAGUGAAGCAACAACGACGACGUCGGAAGGUGAAGGAACAACUCCAUGUACGUCUUCCGAAGGUGAAGGAACCACUCCUCCUACUGGUGAAACUACAACGACGUCUUGGGGAGGCGAAGGAACAACAACACCUUCAAGUGAAGCAACAACGACAACGUCGGAAGGUGAAGGAACAACUCCACCUAUUGGUGAAACUACAACACCGUCGUCGGGAGGCGAAGGAACAACAACUCCUUCAAGUGAAGCAACAAUGACGACGUCGGAAAGCGAUGGCACCACUCCAUCUGUUGGUGAAGGAACAACAGCAUCUUCAGGUGAAGCAACAACGACGACGUCGGAAGGUGAGGGAACAACUCCACCUGUUGGUGAAACUACAACACCGUCGUCGGGAGGCGAAGGAACCACUCCAUCUGUUGGUGAAACUACAACACCGUCGCCGGGAGGUGAUGGAACAACAACACCUUCAAGUGAAGCAACAACGACGACGUCGGAAGGUGAAGGAACAACUCCAUGUACGACUUCCGAAGGUGAAGGAACCACUCCUCCUACUGGUGAAACUACAACACAGUAUUCGGGAGGUAAAGGAACAACAACACCAUCAAGUGAAACAACGACGACGUCGGAAGGUGAAGGAACUAUUCCACCCAUGGAUGAAACUUCAACGACGUCUUGGGGAGGCGAAGGAACAACAACACCUUCAAGUGAAGCAACAACGACAACGUCGGAAGGUGAAGGAACAACUCCACCUGUUGGCGAAACUACAACACCGUCGUCGGGAGGCGAAGGAACAACAACUCCUUCAAGUGAAGUAACAAUGACGACGUCGGAAAGCGAAGGCACCACUCCAUCU